CAUGACUUGAAGCUUUGAAAGUUGAGCGAAGCGGCUGUCGAAAUGGAGACCCGAGCUCUGGAAGCCGAGGGACGCAUCUCGUCGUCGAGAACCAAGGAAGAUGCCCUUGCCAAUGCUAUCUCGGCGGCAGAGUGCUAUAUGAAAGCUAUAAAGUUGGCAAAUAACAGCUCUGAAAGAGCGCGGCUGAAAGAGAAAUGCAUGAAUAUCUUAGCGAGGGCAGAGGAAAUCAAGAAAAUAGAGCAAUGGCAACCAGCAAUGAGCCACACUGGAGCUGUGAUAACGCCCAGCGAAAUCUCCGGAAUGCCACAAUCCCGCCGACAAUUAUCAACGCGGGAAGAGGUUAUAUUACUAGAAGGUUCAAAGUUGCAUGGGCUGAUCUUCCCUCCUUGGAAAUCAGAACCUGAUGGGCAGGAGUUUGCUACCCCAAAUGGGGAGAUUUAUACGGACCUAUCAAAAAUCAACAUAUCAAAUACCCAUGCUGAUGAGCCAGGGGACUGGCGAAGACCCGAGGAUCUGUUAGGCGACGAACUUCGAGAUGCUUCUUCCCCUCGCCAGCAGCCCACGAUGCAAGCAGCCGCUGAUAUUGACCUUGUACAAGAUGUAACAGCAGACUGUUCUGUUGUUGCCAGCCUUUGUGCUGCUGUAGCUCGGCCCGGUGGCACAUAUGGAAAGCUAUUGGAGCGCAUAUUCUACCCAUACAACAAAGCUCAUGGGAUCCCUGAAAUGUCAAAGAACGGCAAGUAUAUAUUUCGUUUGCAUUUCAACGGAUGCUUCCGCAAGGUAGUCAUCGAUGAUCGCCUUCCAGCACCAAGGAACUCGCGCAGAUUAUACGUUUUCGACCGCCAAAACCCAGGGCUACUGUGGCCAGCACUGCUAGAAAAGGCAUAUCUGAAAGUGAGAGGGGGCUAUGACUUUCCUGGGAGUAAUUCAGGCACAGAUCUAUGGGUAAUUACAAGUUGGAUCCCAGAGCAGAUAUUUUUGCAAAGUGACGAGCUGCAGCCAAACGACCUAUGGAGCCGUAUCUUGAAUGCGUUUGCAUUAGGAGAUGUAAUGGUCACUCUUGGUACCGGCCGUUUGAAUAACAACGAAGAAGAGGCGCUUGGUCUCGCAGGCGAACAUGAUUAUGCGGUAUUGGAUAUCAAAGAAAAGGGGGACGAGAAGCUUUUCUUGCUCAAAAACCCAUGGUGCGAUGCAAUGGUCUGGAAAGGGGCAGAGGACCAGAAGCCAUCCGACGCUGACCAAGAGGCCUUUGGAUUUGCCAAUGUCGCCCCAAAAGCAUCCACAAACCCCGGCACAUUCUGGAUGAGCUACCCCGAAGUAAUGCGCAACUUCGACUCCCUCUACCUCAACUGGAACCCGGGCCUCUUCACCCACCGCCAAGACCACCACUUCAACUGGACCCUCCCCACCGCCCCCUCCCCCGGCUGCUUCGUCCACAACCCCCAAUACUCCGUCCACUCCCCCCUCGGCGGCACAGUCUGGAUCCUCCUAAGCCGGCACUUCACAACCGCCGAGCACAACUACCGCGCCAGCUCCACCCUCCCCUCCCCCACCACCACAACCACCGGCUCCAACUCCCACGGCUUCAUAAGCCUCUACAUCUUCGACGCAGGCGGCCAGCGCAUCCACCUAAGCGACUCCCCCCUCUCCCGCGGCCCCUACGUCGACUCUCCCCAAACGCUCUCCAAACUCUCCCUCCCCCCAAACACACCCUACACCAUCGUAGUAGCACACCAAGACCUCCCCCUCCCCAAAUACACAUUCACCCUCUCCGCCUACUCCAGCACGCCCCUCACCCUUUCUCCCGCCCCAAACGCGCAUCCGCACAUCACCACCACAGCAGGGGCGUGGACUCCCAAGACCGCAGGCGGAAACGCAAGUUCCCCCACCUACGCCUCAAAUCCACAGUUUAAACUCCACCUCCCCACCCAAACAUCCCUCUCCAUCAUCCUCGCCGCCUCCCCCCCCGACCUCGCCAUCCACGUAAAACUCGUCUGGGGCCGCGGCCAGCGCGUCACCUCCGUUACAUCCCAAGAUAUCGUCGGGGAAUCCGGGUCCUACCGCCGCAGCUGCGCCCUCGCAAACCUCACCAACGUCGCAGCGGGUGACUACACCAUCGUCUGCUCAACCUUCGAGUCCGGGCAGACGGGGAAAUUUACAUUGCGCGUUGAAUCAUCAACACCCUGCGUCAUAACACCAGUCCAAAACGAAGACGCCGGCCGCCUAACCCUCCACCUCCCCCCCCUCUACUUCCACGAAGGCAUAACGCGCAUGCUCGCCCCCCUCACCCUAUCCCGGAUAACGCGCCUGCGAAUAGUAGCACAACACGCCUGUCCCGCCGCUCAGCGGGGCGCGAUUUCACCCUUAAAGGUGUCGGUGGAGAGGGGGCAGGGGCCGAAUAAGAGUGUGCUUGCGACGUCGGGGGGAGGGGGGUUUAGUGAUGCGCCGGCGGGGGUGAGGGUGGGGGAUAUUGAUCUCACGCCGGGGUUGGGGGGGAGGGGGGGGUUGUGGGUUGUGCUGGAGAGGGUGGGGGGUGGGAGGGGGGAGGAGGUGGAGGUUGUGGUUUUGAGUGAGGUGGGGGUGGAGGUUGGGGCUUGGGGGACUGGUGAGGGUUGA